AUGGCCGCAGUCUCAACCAGCGCGACUGGUUCGAGCAGUGGCUUCAUUUUCGAAGAUAGAUGGAACAGUGGUCUAGUAGUCAUUGUGGCUGCUGAGAACGAGCCCCAAGAUUUCAUGCAUGAUUGCCGCGUCGAAGGAUUUAAUCCAAUCUUCCUGGCACUUCCGAUAGAAGUUGAUGGAAUUAAGAACCCCUUCUACUCCUCAACUCGACAGUAUCAGGAAUACACCCAGACAUUAAACGCCAUGAAGGAAGGUUUGCACUAUGAACAAACUUAUGCGGUAAUCGGUAUGUUUCAAUCUGAACCGCAAAUUGACGCCGGGUUUCAAGAAGACUCAUUCUUUGUAGCAUUUGGUGCUGCUGCCAACGUUUGUCUGAAUCACUUUGUGCAGUUAAGGAGAGGAGAUAGGUUGUGCGCACUUGUUGCAUACUAUCCUACUGCGGUCCCUGACAAUACUCGCGAUAUGUUCCCAUCAUCCACGCAUGUCAUAAUUCAUGUGGCAGGGUCAAGUAUCAAUAUUCUGGGACUGCCCAAAACAAAACACAUCGAUCCUGGUGUUGGGACCGGUGAGCGCUUGAACUGGGCUUACCCAGCUUACACAUAUCGGGCAGCCCCUGGGUUUGCCGAAGAGGAGAGAAGGCAAUUUGAUGUUGCGUCAGCAAAUCUCGCAUGGACUCGGACGCUGCAGGCUUUGCGAAAGGGCUUCAACAAAAUAUUUGACGAACAGUUUGAAAGACUGGUGGAUACAUAUCAAGAAGCCACAUUCUUUAGCACAGACCGUGCUAAAGAAGAGGAUGUAAUUGAGCAUACCAGGCCAGAAACGGUCAGCUGCGUGCCCACUAUGAGUGGCGGAAUUGGGCCGAAGGCUUUGAGACAGUUCUACAGCAACUAUUUUGUCUAUCCCCCGGGCAUGGAACUUGUUCUACUUUCACGAACUAUUGGGGUAGAUCGUGUGGUAGAUGAGCUAUAUGCUACUUUCGACCACAGUACAGAAAUACCAUGGAUACUCCCAGGUGUACCUCCCACCAACAAGCAUGUCAAAAUCAUGAUUGUUAGUAUCUUCACUAUCCGUGGAGACAAACUAUCUUCUGAGCACAUGUACUGGGAUCAGGCUAGCGUGCUCUUGCAGGUUGGUCUUCUGGAUCCGAAACUGAUUCCUAGCACUGCAAUCGGAGUGGAUCACUUGCCAGUUCUUGGCGGUAAAGCUGCUAAGCGCAUUUUCAAUGAGGAUUUCCAAGCACAGAGAAGAGCAAAAACAAAGACACUUAAAGAGCAGAAAAUUUGGGCCCAUUUGGUGGAUGAUUCCUUCUUUGAGACUGAAUGUGUGGCUGACCAGUCAGUUGACGUUGAAAUGAUGCUUAAAAAUGAGGACAUGGAGCAGUCAGAGAGAACAAAGUCUACUUCAUCUUUGAAAGCCAAAGAGAAAGCACGUGCUGUUUACAUCGAGGAGGAUGACGAGCUGUGGGUCCAAUCAAUGCCGGAUGAAUGA